AUGGUGGAAUGGCGUUUAAGAUUUUUUUUUCCCUCAAUAUCCCUUUCUUGGCUGGAGGAAGAGUACAUCCAGAGUGCAAGAAGACACCGCAGAAGAGAAGCGGAGAUUACCCCGGCAGAGAGGAGAGGAGCUGACAGGGGGAGAGGGCGAGUAUUGAUCAUAUCACCCCUCCCCUUAAAUGUUAUCGCCUCCCCCUUCCCUUCCUCCCCUAUCCACCCCCCUAUUCCCCCACUUCAUCCCCUUCCUCGCCGCACAUUGUCCCCCUCCGACCCCUAA